AUGACGUGUGCUGAUGCAAAUAAAGUCACAUUUGCUACAUUUAUGCUCGUUGAAGAAGUUGAAAACUGGUGGAGAUUUAAAAAACAACAUUUGGAGGAUGAAAGGAGACAAAUUACUUGGGAAGUCUUCAAACAAAAGUUUCUGGAAAAAUUUUUGCCAAAGGAUCUUCGAAGGAGGAAGAAAGUUGAAUUCCUUAAUCUUCAUCAAGGAACCAUGUCUAUAGGAGAAUAUGCAACAAGGUUUGAUGAGUUGUCAAAAUUUUGUCCUUACUUUCAUGAUAGAGUUGAUGAACAUUCCCGUUUUUCCCAAUUUGAAAGUGGACUAAGACCUGAUAUUGAACAAGCAGUUGGUUAUUUAGAGAUUUCUUUCUUUCCUACUCUUGUAAACCGUUUUAGGAUUUAUGAGGAUGAUACUAAAGCAAGGCAAACUUAG